AUGUCUUCCGGACCAAACAGAAACAACGCAUUGAGUGCUCAAAUGUCCCCUGCACUCGGUUCAUUCUCUUCCUUUAACCACAACAACUCCCUCCACCGUCCUUCCUCGUCGCCCUCCAAUAUCAUCUCCACCCACCCCGCCCCCGCCAUCUACCACUCCUCCCCCUCGAGCGAUACCCCCCGCCACGUCCAUCAAUUGCACCCGCCAUCGUCGACAACAGCGACCAACCCCGCGCCGCUUCUCCCUGUUUCCAGCUCAAAUACGUCGCGCUCAACGCUCUGGUGGGGCGAUCUCGAAGUUUGGAUGGAUGAAGAAUACGCCAGGCAGGUCUGCACGCUCAUGGGCUGGGACCCCGUCAACAUCAAGGUCCCCCAUCCCGCCCCAGACCCAGCGACCGGUCAGCAGCCCGCCAACAACCCGGGCUACUGCUUCCUCACCUUCCCGUCGCACGCGCACGCCGCGGCCGUCCUCGCCCAGAUCAAUAACGCCGGGAAGUCGGUGACUAUGCCUAAUUCGUCCAGGCCAUUUGUUCUCAAUUGGGCGAGUUCGGUGCCUGCUUCCGCCACUGGUGCCUCGGCGAGCUUCUCCGGCGGGGCGUAUCCUUCGAGCGCUCCCCAGCAGCCCCAGUACCAGAAGGAGUACAGCAUCUUCGUUGGCGAUCUCGCUCCCGAGACCUCCAACUCGGAUCUCGUCGCUGUCUUCCGUAAUCCUGUCUUGGGUCUUCGGAAUGACCGUGAGCCAAAGUACAUCCGUCCCUUCCUCAGCUGCAAGAGCGCCAAGAUCAUGCUCGAUCCCGUCACUGGCGUGUCGCGGGGCUAUGGCUUCGUUCGAUUCACUGACGAAGCCGACCAGCAGCGUGCGUUGAUUGAGAUGCACGGUCUUUACUGCCUGUCACGACCAAUGCGUAUCUCCCCUGCUACUGCCAAGCACAAGAACCCGCCAGCUCCAGCUCCUCCAUUGUCGAUCUCGCCCUUUGACGUUUCGCCAACUGGGCUACAUCUUCAAGACCCCAAGAACCAGGCUCUCACCGUUGCCCUGCCUCUCCCCCCGCAAACCAAUAGCGUUUCAGCCCCCAUCGCCGCCACCACAUCCAACCUUUCUAUCAAUAGCAACGGUGCCUCCACGUCUGGCUCCUCCAUCGGUGGAUCCCACUCGAGCAACUCGAUCAGCUCCAAUUCGAACUCGAGCUUGACCUCGGCUUUCGGGUCUGCGACCUCUUCCGAGGAUGCCUUGAGCCUUCAACACAAUGCGUUGGCUCAGCUUGCCAAGCAAUAUGCUGGUGGCGAUCUUGCAACAGGUUCAGUCAAUUCUUCCUUCGCCAAUGAUCCCCAAUUGAGACAAGUUCUUCAAGCGCAACAAAAUGAUCCUGCUCCCCGCUUUAUGGUCCACGAGGAUCACUGGAAGCACCAAGCGCAGGCUCGUGCAAUCCUGGGCAAUCUCAUUGGUCCCAAUGGGGAACAGCUCACCUCGACGGACCCUUACAACACCACCGUCUUCGUUGGAGGGCUUUCCCCCUUGAUCUCGGAGGAGACAUUGAGGACUUUCUUCGCUCCUUUCGGCGACAUCCACUAUGUCAAGGUCCCCGUUGGCAAGCAUUGCGGUUUCGUUCAGUUUGUUCGCAAGGCGGAUGCGGAGCGCGCUAUCGAGAAGAUGCAAGGAUUCCCUAUUGGAGGCAGCAAGAUUCGCCUUAGCUGGGGUCGUAGUCAAUACAAGGCCGCUCAGGCCGCUGCCCAGGCUGCCCAAGCAGCCCUUCAGCAACAGUACCCUGGUGGUCAGGUUGGAACUCUCACUCAAGAGCAAGCACUCUCGUUGUUGCAAAAGUUCGCCAUGCAGAACUAUCGUCCAGAACAGCCUCUCCCUGCCGGAAACCCCGUCCAACUUCCCGAGGCAGGUGUCUCCGACCACUCUGGCAUCAACUAUGCGACCAUGGUCGCGAACGGUGGAAUCUCUUUGGGCAUGCCUCGAGACGAUACCGGUGGAUCGACUGAUUCUUACACAGCCUACAGUCUCCCUCGCCCAGAAGUUCACCGCACUCUCUCCAACUUCUCGCCAUUCUCACCUGAUCCAGCACUGUCCGUCCCUGAGACCCAGUCCCGUCGGGAUUCGGCCUACCUCAACUUCUUGGGACAAUCGCAGGAGUUGAAGACGGGUACAUCCCCUACUGGUCUCGGUAAUGGGUCCAAGGUUUCCCCCACUUCCAGUCGACCAUCGAGCGCCGUUCGAUAUGGACGAACUGAGGGAUCGAUCUCCCGACCACCUUCCGGCCCCGCCAUUGGUGAUGGUCGACCCGAGUACGACCCGAUGCAGGACCUGAACAACACUCUCGCCAGUCUCGAGAUCGAUCGCCCUUGGAAGUCGAAUGAGGGAGGCCAGCCUUCCAGCGCCCACUCCGGCCAGUUCCAUCUUUCCACAGGCUCCUCGCCUUAAUUCAGGUGUAGGCAUGCCUUUUCAUCCCUUCUGUCGUGAUCGCCUUUUCUUGGAAACAAAAACUUCAGUCUUGAUUUCUAGCUAUCUUUUUUCUUCCUUCUAUCGACAUCUAAUCUCGCUCUGUCUCGCUCCAAGUCGCUCGCCUUGUUUAUCUCGCUAUCCGUCUCCUUCUCGGCUUCGCAAAAACUUUCCAUUUAAACCAUGUGGACUUCAAAAACCUUUUUGAAUAUUUUUCUCGCUCAUGUCUACCCAUCUCCAUCUUGUCUUUGUUCUCGUUUUGUUGCUUUCCUUUUGCCCGUAUCUUGUCAUCGUCCUAAACCGUGACUACAUUACCCAUUUGCCUACCGCCUCCCUCUUUUGUUCCACAUCAUCCUCUUAUCUAUUUCAUCCAAACAGCUUUCAUCACUACCUCGUCUCGAUCACCCGUUGCCCUUAUUCCCUAUCCGAAUCUCUCACACUCUCUCGCUUUUCUUCGUCGUAAUGUCUUGUCACCCUCUCGCAUUUGUAGCGUUCGUUCUCGGUUUCUCUUCAUUACUUAGCAGCUCGAUUAUUAUUUCUAUAUUCUCUACCUGGUUUCUAGAUAUGAAGUAUGACGAUGCAUAAUGCACAGAUGAAGUUUCCUUUUC